AUGGCUGUAUGUGUGGCUAUCAGCAGUGAAGAUAUUAUAAGACAUCCCCUCCAGAUUGAUAACAGUAAAAUUGUUCCUCAGCCCACCUAUUGGAAUGCUCAGAAUCACAGUGAAGAUUCUUAUUUACGCGCUGAGCAUUGGAUGGAAGAUGUUAAAGAAUGUCUUCUUCCCGGUCGUCAUGAAAUUGUCCGAAUGAAUUUGAAGUCGGGACAAGCAAUAUUGCGAUAUCGUGAGGAACUGAAAAUGUUUGCAGCGAUUCGCGAUGAGAAAUUGAACUCAAAGUCAAAGAAAUCAGCAACUUCAAAGAAAACUAUACAGAUUGAAUCUAUGCAGUCUCCGACUUUCUUAGAUGAACACUGGAAAACUACUGAAGCUGUUUGGCCAAAAAGUCCUAUUCUUAUUGCUAAAUUCAAUCGCUCUGCAUUCAUUAAACUUUCUGUUCGAUCACCCAAAGACGCAGUAUUUUGUCUUUUAUCGACACGUGAAAUAAUCCGCGAACGAAUUGCAGCUUCAGUUGCUGCUGGGUGCUCUGAAAUCAAUGAAUUAAAUGAAGAUGUCAGUGCCAUUAAAUGGGCUGCAUGGCGUGGAUUGCGAGUUUCAUCGGGUGCACAGGCAAUUCAGUUAUUGCUGCGCUCAGAUCGUGUCUAUGUAGACAUUUUACAACAUGAAUUAUUUCUGCAAACACAGCCAAGCACAAGUAAAGAAGAGAAUGCGACUUUCAAUCUCAAUGUUAUCGUCAGAGAAUUCUUCGAAGGUUUUCAUCCGAAUUGGGAAUAUCGGGGAUUCGUCAGUGGGGGAAUCCGUACAGGACUAACUGCUUACAAUCCAUGGAUUUUGGAUCCUCAGCAACUUGCAAAUAAGGAUCGUAUACUGGAACUGAUAUCCAGUGUUUGGACACAAGUUGAAUCGAAGAUCAUUAAAAUUUCUGAUUAUAGUAUAGACUUUGCCGUAGCCCCAACUUGUAUGGAUGGGCAGUGUUGGGUCAUUGAAGUAAACGCGUUCUUACCUCCAUUAGCAGGCAGCGGUUUAUUCUCUAUGCAAUCGCCUGUGGAUCGUAAUAUUAUUAAGAAUGGGCCAUUUGAGUUUCGGAUGCGCGAUACUGCCGUAUCAGAAAACGAUUUUGUAGUCACAGAAACUGAUCAUGAGACAGGUCGUCAGUUGAAAAUUAUAAUGCAACCUGCACCACCGGAACUGAUGAACAUUGUUAAGAAACUUCGUCGUGACCUGAAACAUGAAAGCAGUAUUCACUCGCCAGAGAAAAAGAAUUGUCGUAUAUGUUGA